AAUGGAGGCCUCUCAUUGGCCGAAUAAUCGACCGUCGGUCUGAGGCGGUCGCUGCCCAAGUUAAUUCCUCUCGACCGCCCACGGCUCUGACUUUCCUUCCCUCUACAACGCAGUCACACCAUACCACCCACCAUGCCGCCUAAAAAGACCGGGGCUGAAAAGCGCGCUCGCACCGUCGCAGCGCGUAAGGCCAAGCGCCUCAAGACUCUGGGGGAGAGCGGCGGCUCCCCCAAUCCUAACGAGAAUCCCGCUUCGGGCGGUGACGGCCUUUUGGCCGAAGGAGAUACCCAGGAGGCGGGUGAAGGUGAGGGUGGUUCACAGCCCCCUCCCUCGCUCCCUCCUGGCGGGCGCGGAGUGGUCCCCCCGUACCCUCCCGGCACACCUGGUGCCGAGGAGCUUCUCGAGCGGGUGCCGCCUCCGUUCGGUUCUACUUGCCUUGGGUGUAUCAAAAGCGCCCUUAGCGGCCGUUCGGAGGGCUGGUGUCUCCCGGGCUCGCGUGGAGGGCGGAAGUGUGCCCUCUGCCAGCGUAAUAAGAAGUCUGGCUGCGCUCCUAUUCCUGAGGGGCGUACACGUGAGCUCGGUGAGAAGUUCCUGCGCCUCAAGCGGGCGAGCAAGGAGACCCCGGCGACGCCGGUAAAACGUUGCGUGAGGCUCUUGAGAGCGACGGCCUCAUGGGUGAGGGUGGAGGUGAAGGGGCUCGUGUAGACGAGGCUUUGGUGAGAGAGGCGUCUAUGGGCGCUCUCUCUGUGCUGGAAGCUUCGUUGAAAGAGCCAGUUGAGGACGUGAAGGUGUCGGCUGCUUCG